AUGAUUAUUGAUCGAAUAAUUUCGCUUAAUCUUUCCGAUAAUGAUGAAACGUCUCAUUUACCUGUAUUUUUUUUGUCCCAUGGUUAUACAUUGGAUCAAUUCAAAUAUGUACAAUCACUUUCACUUAAUUCUAUUUCUUCUAUUGGCAUAAUAAAUAAAAUAAUAUAUCAAUGUCGUCAUCUUCAACAUUUGACACAUCUUUACAUAAUAAAAUGUUAUAUUUAUUGUGACGACAAAGGCAAGCUCCUCUUAAUGAACAACAUUUGGAGUAUAUCAAAACUUAUCUAUUGUUAUUUUGAUUGUUUUCCUUCGUCUAAUAACGCUUUUAUUGCAAGUACUAUAAUAUCACAAUCAAUUGAAUAUCUUGUUAUGAAAAAUAUUAAAUGUGAUUUAAACAAUUUAUCUUAUUUAUUUCAAUGCACGCCUAAUCUUCGACGACUUCAUACAACUAUUUCAUGUCAUUCCCAACAAGAAGAAUUAAAAAAUAUUUUUUCAUCAAUUAUAUCAUUGAAACUAAUAUAUUUAGGUUCAAUUGAUUCGAUGAAAUAUCUGUUUCAGAAUCUAAAAAAUUUAUCUUCCUUAACACUUGAAACAUCGGGUAUCUAUUUGAAUGGAUAUGAAUGGGAAAGUUUUCUUACGGAAGCUUUACCACAAAUUAAACGAUUUCGAUUUAAAAUGAAUUUUAAUUUUAAACAUAUUAAUAAUCAAGAAGAAGAAGUUGAUAUAUUAAUUAAUUCAUUUAGUACUCAAUAUUGGGUUGAAAUAAGACAACAAUAUGUUCAAUGCGAUUGGAUUUCAUCAGCUACAAUAAGUGACGCUACGAUUUAUACGUUACCAUAUGCAUUUGAAAAGUUUUCUUAUUAUGAUAAUACUUGUUCAAAAUCAACUUGUCCUAAUGUAGUAGAUUUUUGGUCGUAUGAUCGUGUACAUACAGUUAAAUAUGUUAAUAAUAGAUUGAAUUUAGUAAAGGACUCGAUCUCAUUUCGUGGUGAGUUUCCUAAUGUUUAUCAUCUCAAUUUAACAUUUCUCUUUAAUAAUAAUAUUUUAUCUGUUUAUCCAUUAUUAAAUCAAUUAACUAAACUUUAUAUAUCCCUAAAUGAUCAAUUUGAUUAUUCUCAAUUGCAGCAUUUACUUGAUCGAUCAGCUCAUCUUUAUUCGUUAGGUCUAAGUAAAUUGACUAAUCUACGCAGGGAAUUAUUUCAAAUUAGAAGUACAUCAAUUCGUCGACUUGAGUUGAUAGAAAAAAAUGGAUCUGAUAGUCGGUUUUUUAACGAUAAAGAAUGUAUAGCCUUAGUCAAUUCAUCGCUUGGACGUCAAUGUGAAGUUCUUGUAAUUGACGUUGAAAAUGAAACGGUUAUUCUUGAUCUUACUAAAAAUAUAGUUAAUCUUCGAACUUUAAUCACCAGAUGCAAAAAUGACAGGUGGAAUGGAAAGGAAUUUUCAUCCGGUUUCGAUGAACUUGUUUUGUGGUUGCAUGAUCACUUACCAUCUACAUGUUUGAUUAACAGGGAUAUCAAACAUCCCUAUGAUAUUCGAAUAUGGGUCGAUUGUAAACAACGACAAGAUGUUCAUCGAACACUUACAACUAAAGAGUGCGGGUGUGUGGAAUGUGGUUGA